AUGCAGCCAGGCUCUCUGACAGAUUCUGGUUUCAUUCCAAGGAAAGAGUUUAUUCGUGACCAACGAGCUACGAGCCUCUUUAGCCUUCUUGCUAUCUCUGGCUCAAGCUGCGUCAGACUCUAUUCUUUUCCUCCCGAUGUCAUUGCAGCUCUACGUCGGCUCCUUGAUCACUUUUACCUGAACGCUGGAUUUCGUGAGGAUACUUUGCAGAACCUCUGCGAAUUCACCAUAUCUCAGAAACCCUGGAAUGCGCCCAAGAGUCCUCGUACAGAGCGCAUUCUCCUCGACAUAUUCGCUGUCAUAUAUAGGUUUGGAUACACUAUCCUUUCUACCGUUGACUAUGGUCGAGAGCGUGACGAUCGUUUAGCUAUCUCAUUUUCGAGGCUCCUUAUACCUGCUCCUGCUUCGCCUGGUCUACCUUUUGCCCCAGCUCCCGCUGGCUCAGGGAGUAACCUUUCGCACCAGACGGGACUACACAUUGAGAGAAGAAUGCCCUUUGCUAUCUCAUUUGUCUCGCAGACCAUCAUGCGAGUCAUUAAUCCACCACUAAACGCAACUCCAGCGAUUCUCCAAGCUGUGCGAGGAUCAUGGCCCCGGGGCGUAUUGUCAGAGAAGAAAACGGACAAUGCGUAUGAAUUCAAGUUGAAGGGAUAUAGCUGGUUCCACGAAGAUACAUUUGCAACAGACUCUUUGCGACACAUUCUUUCACUUCUCUUAUCCCUUGAUGCUCAUGCAUGUUCCCUUGUCAUUUCGCUGGCAAUCAAUGGCCGUUCCAGAGUCAAGGACCUAUGGGUCUUUACUGGCCCUUGCACUACUGAAACUGAUCCUUAUUGGCCUGAAUCUCCUAUAAGCCAAUCCGGCUCGAUGGCGGAUAUAAGAAGGUCUCGCCGGGUAUCAACCCCCGAACCACAGGAAGUGGGCAUGAUACCCAGCUCUUUGCAUAGAAAAGCUGCCACUGGCCCUCAGCACCCGCCUCACGGCUUGCCGUCCUCUCAGACGUCGCCUCACCACCCGCGAUCGGCAACAGAAUCCACCACAUCACCUCCCCUUGCGACGAAUCUGCCACCUCGCGCAGUACCAGGCAAUCCAAUGCGCAAGCCUGCACCCCGUGCACAAGUGCCGGUGUCUGUUGACUUCGAAACUCAAGAUGAAGAAGAACACGGUCAAUUCCGCACUUGUCUCCCUAGCACUGUGCCAAGUAGUUGCGAGAACAUGACUGGUAUAGGUUCCAUGGCGCGUAAUAGAUUCACUUCCAAUCUCAUCUACACAGCAACCCCUGACCCAUUUCCCGAUACGGAUCAUCCUAAUGAAGACGCUGUACACUCGUCGCCACCUCCCGAGCGACAUCAUCGUAGACCGAGGUCGAGAUCUCCGUCUCCCAAGCGCCGGGUGAGCGCUCUGCGACCAGUAUCGACCCGUUCGAAGACCCCUCCACUCCUCCGAUCGCAUUCCCCACCCAGGGACCCUCGUACCUCAUCACCACCGCCUGCUGGCCAUGAUGUCUCGAUGAAUGAGGGACCGCCUCUCCUCAGCCCAGGAAUGUUUCGUAUGAGAGACUCAGCAUACUCUGUGAAUACACUUGACACGGACACGUCUUCCGGGUUCAAAUGGACAGGACGUGGCCGGCCAGAUGGCAUUGAAAACAUUGAGGAGGUGUACGAGGAGCCAAGUGAGGAACCAACACCGCGCCUGCCUGUUCUACCUGGCGCUUGGGCAUUGCCGCCUGAGGAGGAGCGCCCCGAGGUGUUAUCUCGUACGACCCAGGCAUCUAUGGCCGAUGAGCGCGGCCUUCAUCUGGAACACAGAAGAAGUCCAGACAAAUCAUUACAUGUCAAUGAUGCGAGGGUUUCCUCGCCAGAGCUGGUUAGUGAUCAGGCUGUGCGCAAGAGUGAAGCGGGGCUCGUAGGGAUGAUAUCUCCCCCGAGGCCUUCACCUCCACCGAUUCAUCCUCCAUCGAGGGAUAGUGUUUACAAAAGGAAGGCAUCAGGUUCAACUGAUCCACCCGCAUCACCGAUAAAGUCUGGCAGUCGCAGUGGGAGUGGGAAUGGUUGGGUGCUUGUGAAUGUUGAGAAGGAACACAUGACAGCCUCCCUGUCAACGCCAGCUGGUAGCCCAACAUCCCCGACACACGUCGAACGUGGAGGAAAGCGCACUACAAGUGCUGCUGCAGAAAGGUCCUCGAUGUCAGCUGCAGCGAAGGCGAUCACCGUCAUCGAUGCACAAGACAUAAAAUCCAAGAAGGAGAAGCGCCAGUCCACUGGUUCUGGUCUACGACGCUUGCUAUCUAUUUCGCGACCCGGUGCCAAGGGCGCCGACGAAGUGAAAUCUGAUCCUCGCCUUGCUGCUGUACGCUCAAAGGAGUUGACAUCCAACGAGAAAGAUGGUUCCAAACUCGCCUCCCCUCGCCAAGGGCGAUUUCGCAGCAAAUUCACUCGCCUAGGAACUUCAGAGCCUGCCGCUCGACCGCCAGAUCGAGUGCGGGUUAAUCUUGACUAA